UAACAUGGCUUCCGAUUUGCCUUUCUACCUGCAUUUCAUCAGAGUAGCGGCUCCGUCGUCCUGCGUUCCACAUGGCUUUUUCACGAGUGUAUCGCUAAUCUGGUAAACCGCAAGACUUCUGAGCAUUCUUCUCAAAGGAAGCUGGAUCGCACGUUCGUCACGGCAGGGCUUGUCCGUCUCAAAUGCCCUGGAUGCAUGGUGUAUCUCUUUCCUCCCUUCCUGCAAUGUCGUCUCGCGCUUGGCUGGACAUGCGAUUGGCCUUGUUCUUGCCGAUUCUGGCUCUAGCUUUCUGGUUGGCUUCUGCAAGUUGCGACAGCAUCUCGUCUGCUGCUGGUGUCUAUAACUCUUCCAUAACUCCUUCAAGCCUACCUUGGAAUACCUACAACUACUGCAAUGCGCCCCAUGUGAACGCUAAACAUUACAUGCUCCCUGACAACGCAUCAAAUGCUGAGUUGGUAUAUACGAAUGUCGUUAUACGUCAUCACAAGAGAACCCCGGACAACCUCUAUCCGCAUGAGAACGAACUGAAUGCGAUACCUUGGCUUUGCUCCGACUAUCAGCAGUUCAAUUACGGCGGCGGAUCUGCUCAGAUCUUCCAUAACACAGCCAUUCCGCCCUGGCAUCCGUUUCUUUCGCAGAUCUGGAACGGAACGUGUGACCAAGGCCAGCUCACGCUGGAAGGGCUUCAGGAUGCCAUUCGGCAUGGACAGGACUUCUGGGCCGUCUAUGCAGACAAGUUAGGGUUCUUGCAGACCGUCAAUGAGCACGAGAUCCACAUCAGAACAUCUACUGAGACGCGCACAUUUCAAGUCGCUGGUGGUCUACUGGUAGGCAUGGACCGGGAAAUGGCCACCAAGACGUUCCCCGUCACGACCCAGCCUUCUGUGAUUGAUUCUAUUCCCCCAGACUAUUCCUGCCCGAAAGCGGACGAUAUCCGCUCGGCCUUCCAGGCAGUUCCCGCAUGGACGGAUCACCUUGAGAAGAAUGCGGAGCUGCAAGCACGGCUUGAUGCGACUCUGGGGACCACCGGUCUCGACGAUUGGAAUUCAUGGUACGACCACUUCUUCGACACGUUCAGCUCGCGGACUUGUAACGGGCACCCUUUGCCAUGCAAUGCAAGUGGAGUCUGUGUUUCUGAAUCAGACGCCUCCAGGGUAUUUGCGAUCGGCGACUUCGAAUACAACUACAUCUGGAACGCCGCCGAAGGCGCUGCGAACUACACCCAGCUGACGUUUGGCGUUUUCUUCAUAGAGCUUGCGCGAAACUUCAAGAGUUUCCGCGUCGGCGGAGAAACGCACAAGCUGGUUUUCUACGUUGGCCAUGACGGAACGAUGAUCCGUCUUGCGUCCCUUUUAGGCCUCGGCAAGAUAGCUCCACUACGCUGGCCUGCAAUGGGGUCAGAGAUCAUCAUGGAGGUUUGGCGAACGGAAGGAGGGGACCACUUUGUGCAUGUCCUGCACGAAGGCACGCCAGUCUCUGAAAUGGCAUGGAUACCCCUUGACGAUUUUAUUGGCGUGCUGGAAUCUCAGAUUCCGCCGCGUCUUUUCGAGACAUGUAUGGAAACGUAGUCCUGGAGGCAGGAGUAGCUCAACCCUGUACCUGAAGCCCAUGUUCUCCGGUUCUUGGUGGUUCCGCAUUGCGUCUGGAAAUGAGACUUGCCUCGACAGA